ACAUACCCACUUUACGUGAGAAAAUAAAACAUGGCGUCAACCAAAAAAAGUAGAUGUACCCGUCACGUGAUAAUAUUCUCCCUCGUUGUGACUGUGUUAACGCUGUUAUUAACAAGGAAACAUGUAUACAAGCAAGAAUACAAAAAUAUUUACGAGUCUUAUCGCCCUUCCGUCAUCAGGAGCAGUAGUCAACCAAUCAAAACACGGCUUAUAGAAGAUAACCAAACAAGAGGAUAUAACAAAAAUAAAUUAAAUGUAGAUGUUUUAAAUAUAACUGAUAAUCAAUCAACAAACGAAGAAACAGGUAACAAAAACUUUCAAAUAAACAUGGCUGAAAAAUCAAAAAGUUUCUCAUCAACUACUAUACAUACUUCACAUGUAUCAGAUAGGGAAAAUCAAACACUACGUAAUAUGAAUUCAGCUCAAGAGACCAUAAAAUCAAACAACACAGGUCCAGUUCUAGUUGUCAUACUGGCGUACAUGCAUACAGGCUCCUCAUAUACUGCUAGGAUUAUACAACAACAUACGGGCACAUUCUACGAGUUUGAACCUUUACGAAGUUUACUAGAAAGAUCCCGACGAAAUUCGCCGAUAUUCUUUUUGAAUGGAACAUAUAAAAGAAUAUCGGGAGAGGUCCUUGACACUCAGAUUGGAACAGACGCUGUAAGAAACACAAUUACUUGCAAUCAUCACAAACUGGAUAUAGCGACCUUGUCUACACCGUAUCAGGGGUUAGAGACCACCGAUAAUAAGGAUAUUGCUGAUUUCUUUAAAUGCCAGAAGAAAAAUCAAAGCAAAAAUAAUAUAUUUUCUGGAACUAGAGGAAAGUAUUUGAUUAAUCAUUCUGGGAGGGAGAAUUUUCAGAGUUUCAGGAAUAAUGAUAAAAUCAUAUCGAGAUUGAAACCUUACAAACAUACAAAUGGCUAUGAUACACAAAUACCUGACGAUGAUCAUCUGCCGCAACGGCAAACUAUUAGAAAUAAUAAUGAUCUAGAACAUAUGAAUUCAAUCACAUAUAGAAACAGAAAACAUAAAAAUGGUUUUAAAAAUAUACCUUUGACAGAUAAAAUUGAAACUAUCAAUUCUUGUUUACCACAAUUGAUCAACAAAUGCAGGAAUGCAACUGUAAGAUUGGCAAAAUAUAUAAGAAUGACUAUGGAAAUUGUUGAAAACAUUAUUCCUAAUUUUCGGAAUCUACGUGUCAUACAUUUAUUGAGAGAUCCUAGGGCAAUGAUGGACUCUCAGUUGAGGAAAAACGACAUGAAUGUAAAAUCAUUGCCGUUAUUUGUAAAAAGAACCCGAUAUAUGUGUGCUCGUAUGAAAAACGACCUUGACAUUUCUGAAAGGCUAAGGAAGUCAUACCAAAGUCAGAUAUACACUUUACGUUAUGAAGACUUGGCAGACAAUCCAUUGAAUAUCGGACAGCAAUUAUUUAGGUUUAUAGGUGUACCAUUUUCAUCAAAUGAUAAACGAUUUAUUAUUUCAACAAGUUUAAAGCCCGUGAAGGAUUCGAAAUACCGAGCAGGGGUUUGGAGAAACCAUAUUACACCAAAACAUUUACAAAUUGUCGACAGACAUUGCCACCACUUGUAUAAACAAUUAGGUUAUAGACAUUUUACUUCUAUAGCGGAUGUUAGAAAUUUGACAAUACCAGAUCAUUUUCUAUAAUAUAAUAACUAGGAAAUUUCAGCCAGAUAAUUCGUUAGUCCCGGCCUCAGAACACGACAGGAUAGAGGCCGGUUUGCGACUAUUUAUUUCUAUUAUUUUUCUACUGUAAUAAAGUAGCAUAACCACCAUAAUAUUCAUUCAUAUAAUGCUAAUGAAAUAACAUUUACGAAAAAACUGAUAAUAAUGUUUAAAAGAUUAAAUACCUGCAGACAUCCG